AUGGCAGAAGACAGUGAGAACAAAGCCGACUUUGAGCCGCGCGAUGCCGAUAAAACGGCCGCGCCAUCAAUGCCAGUUUGGAAGGACGACGAUGACGACGUGGAGGAUGACCUUGGCGGCUCUGCGGUUACAUCUGAACCUGACUGGGUGGCUAAGCGUCGUCGUGAGCUGUUGGAAACCGACGGCAAAGGCGAACUAGACGCCUCCAGCGCCUUGACGGGGAAGUUGGCAAAGGUGAAACCCAGCAGUCGCACGUCCGGAGUGCGUUUCCGCAUAGACCGACAGGGCGAUUCGCGCUUCAACAUCUCCGUAGAUGGGGGAAUCGCUCAAGUUGGUUUUGACCAAGGAUGCUCCGUCUUAGCAGUGCUUGGUCGCCGAUCUAAGUCGGUCCUCCUCUACGAGGUGGAUCGCCAUCGCAGCGAGGGUAAAUACUUCCGCCUUAAGGGCGAGAUGUCUUCUCCCGCCACCUCUGGUGAAGCCGUUUCGAGUUUCGCGUUCUCGGACGAGGGCAAGAGCAUGCUCCUCGUCACGAACCGAAAAAACGUGAUGAAGUACGACAUGAACCAAAACUCCACGUUACGCAUUUCGAGUCUUACCAACCCCCGCACCGAGAGCAGGUACAGCCGCGUGCAUACUCCACCCGCGUCUGACGAUGAAGCGGCGUCUGUGUUCGCGCUGAGCUGCUCGGACCACGGCGGAGUCUUGCUAUGCGAUGCGCGCUCCAAUGCGAUCAUCCACCACUUCCAGAUGAACGCGGUUUCAGUGGGGGUCGGUUUUCAUUAUCGCGCUGGUGUCGUGAUUACGGCUGACAAGGACGCUAAUAUUUAUGAGUGGGAUUUGGCCACCGGCCGCUGCGUUCACAAGUUCAAGGACGACCACUCACUCCACCUGACUAGCUUCGCAAUAUCGCCAGGUGCUCACGAGGAGUUCAGUCGCCACGCGUUUGUAGCAGCGGGGUCACAGAUGGGUUUCUUGAACCUGUUCCCGCUGCUGCCUGGAGCGGCCGAGGGCGACGAGGAGCGGUCGUGCAUAAAGCGCGCCCUCCUGAAGAGCUACGGCAACCUGUCCACCCCUAUCACCAGCAUAGCGGCCGACGACAGCGGCAAAUUUAUCGCGUACGGCUCGGAGCACAAGAAGAACGCUUUGCGCAUCAUCCACAACCCAAGCGGCUGCGUCGUCGGCAACUGGCCGACAGAAAAUGUUGGCAUCGGGCGCGUGACAGACAUGGCAUUCGCAUCGCGAUUCAGCACUUUGGCUGUCGGUAACCGUGCGGGCCGCGUGCAGUUUUUCCGCAUCCUAACAAGUUAG